UAUAUAUUCCAUAAGAGGUUAGAAGUUAGUGAAGUCAUAUUAGUCAUGGCUUUGUUAUGGGCAACACUAGUAGUAGUUUCUAUUGUGUAUGCCUUGUAUGAGCUGCUAAAUAUCCACAAGAGAAAACAGUUUCCUCCAGGUCCAAGGGGGAUUCCCAUUUUAGGACAUCUUCAUUUGUUAGGGAAAAAACCACACCAAGAUUUAGAAAAAUUAGCCAAGAAACAUGGUCCAAUUAUGUAUAUGCGAUUAGGACUAGUACCUACAAUUGUUGCAUCGUCUAUUGAUGCAGCCGAGAAAGUCCUCAAGACAUAUGAUCAUAUCUUUGCUAGUAGGCCUCAUAGCGAGGCAGCUACGUAUUUGUCAUAUGGACAGAAGAAUAUUAUAUUUGCAAAAUAUGGACCAUAUUGGCGUAACAUGCGCAAAUUGGUCACUCUACACCUUUUGACUAAUCAAAAGAUCAAUUCAUUUCAAUCCAUGAGAAGGCAACAAAUUGAGCUUAUGAUCAAAUCACUUAAAAAUGAUUGCGUUGUUGUUGAUCUUAGUGCAAAAGUUGCGUCCUUGAAUGCUGACUUGACUUGCUUGAUGGUGUUUGGAAAGAAAUACGUGGAUGAAGAUUUGGACAAGAGGGGAUUCAAAGCUGUACUUCAAGAAGUUGUGCAUUUAACAGCAACACCAAAUCUUGGAGAUUUUUUCCCCUUCCUUGGUGUAAUUGAUCUCCAAGGACUCACUCGCCGUCUCAAAGAUCUUGCAAAGGUGUUUGAUGAGUUUCUUGAGAAGAUUAUCAAUGAACAUGUCCAUUCUCGUGACCAAAAGCAAUCCAAAGACUUCGUGGACACAAUGUUGGACAUUAUGCGAUCAGGAGAGGCAGAAUUUCAGUUUGACCGAAGCCAUAUAAAAGCUAUCCUCUUCGAUAUGCUUGUUGCAGCAGUCGACACUUCAGCAACAUCAAUAGAUUGGAUACUAACAGAGCUUCUUCGACACCCUCGUGUGAUGAAGAAACUCCAAAAAGAGUUAGAAGAAGUGGUAGGCCUUGAAAGAAUGGUAAAAGAAUCAGACUUGGAGAAUUUUAAGUACUUAGAUAUGGUUGUGAAAGAGGGCAUGAGGCUGCAUUCCGUAGUGCCAGUAACGCAACGUGAGUCCAUGGAAGAUUGUGUAGUUGAUGGCUUCCAUAUACGGAAGGGAUCCCGAAUCAUGAUAAAUCAUUAUGCAAUUCAGAGGGAUCCAAAUGUUUGGUCCGAGCCUGAGAAGUUUUUUCCAGAGAGGUUUGUUGGGAGCAAUAUAGAUAUUCGUGGACGCGAUUUCCAACUUUUACCAUUUAGCUCUGGUAGAAGAAGUUGCCCUGCAAUGCCGUUGGGGAUCACCAUUGUCCGCCUUGUGGUGGCACAAUUGGUGCAUUGCUUUGAUUGGGAGCUUCCAAAUGGUAUGCAACCAAGUGAUCUGAACAUUGAUGAGCACUUUGGGUUAGUAACAUGCAGAGAAGACCAUUUAAUGGCUAUUCCUACUUAUAGACUAAUUGAAUGAGGAAAAUCAUUUUCUGACAUUGUAAACCUUUGGGGUUCAUUACUUCAAUAGAAUUCGUAAGAUCAAAGCAUAAACUCCUUUACUUGUACUUCUCCCUUUUGAGGUUUUCUAUUAAUAAAAAAACGCUAGACAUAUUGCCUAGUGAAA